AUGGUUCAAGGUGGUUACAAAUGGAGCAUAGGCUCUGAUGAGAGCAUUUUGGUUUGGAACCAAAACUGGUUGCACAAUCGCACCUUCCUGAUUAAUUCAUGGUUGCAUAUUCCUGAUGUAUCUAAUAUGAAAGUGGCGGAUUUGAUAAGCAAUUACAGCAAACAAUGUAACUCUGAUUUGAUUGUUCCAUUGGUCGAUGAAGAAGCAGCAAAUAAAAUUCGCAAUACCAUGCUUUUUGAGUUGGUUCAAGUCGACAAAAUGGUCUGGAAUUUUGAAAAGGGCGGCAAUUACUCAGUGUGUAGUGCUUAUCAUUUUUGUAUAGAUAAAGUCAUUGAUACAUCUCAGCUCAGAAUCGAUGAAAAUUGGGAUUUAAUUUUGAAGUUAAAAAUACCUCCAAAAGUGGAAAAAAAAUUCUUGAGACUUUGCAGGAAUUGUGUUCCUACUAGAGUACACCUUAAAAACAAAGGCGUGGAUUGUCCUAUUAUUUGUAGCGUAUCUAAUCAGGACCAACAGGUUAUCUUCUCUAUUACUCUGUGGAGUUUAUGGAAAAGCAGAAAUAACCAUAUUUGGAACCAUGUGAAUUCUCAUGAUACCAUAUGUAGUCGUGUUAUACAUCUACUUCAAAGAUGA